AUGUGGUCACGCCCUUCCUCUCCCACUCUCUCCCCCCCUUCUCGGCCCACCUCUCCAACCCCACUAUCCCCACCCCACACCCUCUUCCCGCCCCCACCCCGCGACCCGCCCCUCCACCUUCCCAACCACUCCCAUCAUCCACCUCCCCCCACUCCCAUCAUCCUCCUCCCCCGACUCCCUUUCCCCCUUUUUCCUCCCCGUUCCCCCUUCCCCCCCCCUCCCUUUCCCCUUUUCUCCCUCUUCCCCCCCGCUUUCCCCCUUUUCCCCCCUUUUCCCCUUUUUACUCCCCCUUGCCCCACCACUCGCGCGCCUCGUCCUGUGUGGGGGGCGCAGAUCCCAGUGACGCUGUACAGGGAGAGGGGCGCCCCCACGGCGCCCUACCUGCGCAAGGCAGCCACCUUCACGCUCCACCACGCGCUGCCCGCCGCCGCCGCCCACCCGAGCCACCCACCCGAUGCACCAUCCGAGCCUGCUUUCCAGGCUCGGCCCGAGCCUCUGGGGCGGGCGCAGCUGGACCUGGCUGAGCUGGCGGACUGCGACGGGGCGGUGGAGCGCCGCCUCAAGGUGGCGCCCGGGCCCGCCAUGCUCGCUGACGUGGCGGCUGCUGAUAGGCCGGCGGGGGCGGUGCUGGUGGUGAGCGUGGAGUGCGUUGGGAAGAAGCUCAGCCGCGAGGCGGCUGCUGAGGAGGCCCAGUGGGGUCAUCGUCGCAACGCCUCCUCGCCGCUGCUGCCCUCCACCGCUCUGCACCGCGCGCCCGCCCCCUCGCACCUGCGUGCCUCCCCUCCGGCGUCGGGGUGUGUGUCGCCCGGCGUGCCAUCAGCAGGCAGCGCGGGGUCAUCGCUGGGCGAGGCCAACUUCCCUGCCCUGCCCGCGCUGCCCCCGGGGGCGGGCGGCGCGCUCACACAGGGCGACGCGCAUGGGGUGCCCCAUGGCCAUGGCCGUGGGCCGUGGCAGCACGGGCAGGCUGUAGCAGAGAGAGAGGCGGAUGGUGGGGAGGUGGAGAGGGACGAGAGAGAAGCAGCAGGGGGGGCAGCAGAGGGAGAAGGUGUGCAGAGCGGUGGCGAUGUGAGCAGACGCAAGCAGCAGAGGCAGACGUGCAGAGGUGGCAAAACAGGCGCAAGCAAUGGGUUGAGAGGAGUGAGGGAGCCGGGGGAAGAUGUGGGAGAGGAGGACACGGGAGCAUACCGCUCGCCGGAAGAAGGCUAUCGCCGUCGCAAAGAUCGUGGCCGUGGGCGAGGUCUGGAGGAGCUCUUCUCGGGUCGCCAAGGCGAUCUCGAUGUGGAUGGAGAAGAGGAGAUAGACUCGGCGAAUAAGGUGCAGGAGUUGGAUCGUGAAGGCGAGACCAAGGGCGAUGACGAGUUCCAGGAGGAAGGCGCAGGCGAGCAGCGCGAAAUGCCCGUUGGAGUCAAGGACGACGAUCCCGCGCAGGCGGGCGUGGCGGCGAAGCCAAGCGCGGCGGAGGCGGACGGACAGAGCGGUCGAAAUCUGCAACGCGGCGGAGAGGAAGGUGACGGCGGGGGGCGUGGCAGUGGCGGACGCUCUCCAGAUCCACGUCGGCGAGGUGACGGAGCACGCGGCGGCGGCAUGCGCUCGCCUGAUCCGCGGCUGAAUCGUGACGGAGGGCGCAGCGGCGGUGCGCGCUCGCCAGAUCCACGGCUGAAUCAUAAUCGCGGCGGAGCCGUGAAGGGGAGCGUGGUGGCGGCAUGCGCUCGCCAGAUGCACGGGUGCUGCGGGAGGAGAAGCGUGGAGGCGGCCAUCGCUCGCCAGAUCCGCGGCAGCACCGAGACGGUGGGCACUGGGGCAGAGCGCGCUCACCGGAUUCGCAGAGGUAUCACGAUUGGAGGUGCGGGGGGGGUCGGCGCUCACCUGGUCCCUAUCAACCCCGUGAGGAGAGACGAGGAGGCGGCUACCGCUCGCCUGAGCAGCAGCGUUAUUAUGGAGAGAAGCAUGGAAGUGAGGCGCGCUCGCCUGACUGGCACAUGCAGUACGAAGGAAGCCGGAGAGGUGGAUUCGGUUCGCAGCAACGGCAUCACAGUUGGGAUGAAAGACGCGGUGGGGGAUCUCGCUCCCCUGGCCGAUAUCAGCGGCAUGAUGGAAGGAACGCCGAUGAGGGAGGACGAGACCAACGCGACAGCAGAGAGGGAGGCAGUGGGCUGA